GACGUCAGUUGUUUCGUUACCAGACGACACAUAACCUCCUCCUGCCUGGUGGUUCAGGGUUCAGUUGGUAAUUUUCCAGGUCUAGAAAGUAACACCUUCAACUUCACUUAAAAUGCUGCGUAUUCAGGGAAGAGGUGGUGACCCGGCUGAGGAGAAAAGGAAAGUCAGAGAGGGAGUUAUUAACAGUUUUGUUUCGUUUGGAGUCCUCAUCACGAUCAUAAGGCUAGUUCCUCACGCAAUCAACAUGCUGUCAAGUAGCGGUGUUCAGCCAUCUUAAUUCUUCUAACCUUGUGCGUUCUUUUCAAGUAAUGAUCUCGCACUGUGAUUUACCGUGAUCCAGUGAUCCUGGAACACAGUGUUCAAAAAUUGCCUACUUGCAAGUUACGAUAAAUCCUGUCUGUAUGUAUGUUACCUAAAUGAAGAUAAAUGUUUAGCCCCAAAAA